AACCCCUGGGCUGCCAUGUGGGUGCAGGGGGUGCUGGUGGUCCUGCUCUCGGGGCUGUCGGCGCCGGGCCGGGCCCAGGCCCAGGCCCCGCGCUGCCGGGUGGGGGAGCGGCUGCCGGUGCCCGGCCUGAGGGGGGCGCUGGCCCCGCCGCCCCGGAGCCGUUGUCCCUGCGUCCCGCUGCGCUGGGUGCGUCUGGCCGCGGCCGGGGCCGGCCUGGCUCUGGGGCUGCUCUGGAUCCGGUGCCGGAGGGUCCGUUUCCUGCUAGGCUCUGCCCCGGACGACGCGCCCCCCAGCCCGGAGCCCCCGGCCCCCCGCACCGCCCCUGGCCCCGGCCUGGCCGAGGUGACGACGGGGCUCGGGGGGCCUGCGGGGGACCUGGCCGCCCCCGAGCUGCACACCAGCCUGGCCCUGGGCGAGGAGGUUCGGGUGGCCGCCCACCAGGGCUUCGACGCCCACCGGGCCGCCCAGGAGCUGCUGGGCACGUCCUUCCUCGCCCGCUGCAGCGUGGAGGGCAAGGCGGCCGCAGGUAUGAACAUCCCGCGGGAGCAGCAGCUGUACCAGGGCCUCGUGAGCCUGCAGGUGCCUGCAGAGGAGGUGCUGAGCUGCGCCCUGCAGGAGAAACUGUCCCUUGUCCGAUCGCAGCCGGAACCCCACAGGGAGCCCGCCCCCGAAGGCCCGGACCUGCUGAUGUUCUACGAGCCCCGGGAGCUGUUUGCGGAGACCCCGUACCUGGGUGUGGAGGGGCUGCCCCCCCUGCGGCUCCAGCCCCACGUCCGACCCCCGGCCUCCGCCUUCCUCAUGUUCCGCAAGCUCCAGCAGUGGGAGGCCUAGCGGGGCUGGGACGCGGCGGCUGCCCCCCAAGGAGACUGGUUCUGGGGGGGGGUCUCGCCCCCCCCAUCUUACCCGUGUGGUUCUCACCCUUUGUACCUGCCCCACAAUAAACCCCCCUCUGGACUCAG